GUAUUUGAGUAAAGUGCGCGGACAUUAGCGGGCGCAGCGGCGCGACCACGCAGCCACAGUGGAUUAAACCCCGGCCAGGAGGAGGAGGAGGACACCCACUCGAGUAACCGAGUGAAAGCCCCGGUGUGUGUGUGUGUGUUCAGACGCAGGUCUCCUCGCACCGGCUCAGCGCGACCACCGUCCCCGGGAGAAGUCUGCGGUGCCGCGCAUCGUGCCUGCGCGUCAGCCCGGCACAGCGAGGCGGGAAUGGCUUCAUCUCCGUGCGGGAACAGCAACUUUGAUUCCGGCCUGGAAAUCAAAACCCGCUCCGUGGAGCAGACGCUCAUCCCUCUAGUUUCGCAGAUCACCACUCUGAUCAACCACAAGGACAAGCCAAAGAAGUCGGAGCGCACUCUGGCAGCCAUACACCGGGUGGGUCAGGCCGUGAGCGUGGCAGUGGGGCGUUUCGUGUCCGUCGGGGAGGCCAUCGCCUCAGAAAACCAAGAACUGAAGGAUGAGAUGGGUCAAGCCUGUUUCGAGGCACGCCGAGCAGGUGAUGCCAUCGCCCAGCUGACAGACAUGGGAUCAUCCACGACGACCCAGUCGGACGGACGUAUCACGGUGUUCAGCGAUAGAGCGGCGAUGGUGAAAGCAGCCCGCUUGCUCCUGUCCUCCGUCACUAAAGUCCUGGUCCUUGCCGACCGCAUCGUCAUCAAACAGAUCAUCACAUCCCGCAACAAGGUCCUGGUAACACUUGACCAUCUGGAACGAGUCAGCACCUUCCAGGAAUUUGUGCAGAUUUUCAGCCAGUUUGGCAACGAGAUGGUGGAGUUUGCUCACCUCACAGGAGACAGACAGAACGACUUGAAGGAUGAGAAAAAGAAAGCAAGAAUGGCAGCGGCCAGAGCAGUGCUGGAGAAGUGCACCAUGAUGCUCCUCACGGCCUCCAAGACUUGCCUGAGGCACCCGGACUGUGAGUCGGCGAGGAUCAACAAAGACGCUGUGUUCCACCGAAUGCGCUGUGCCCUGGAGCAGGUCAUCGAGAUAGUCACUGAGGCGCGGAGCUCUGGGGAGAACAAGGUCCUUCCUGCCAGCGUGUACAACGGUAUCAAAGAAUUCAAGGCAAACGUGGAGUGCCUGCGGGAGAAUCUGUAUUGUUUAACUCCGCAGAGCCUGAGCGGCCAGCUGGAGGCCCUGGUGGAGCGGACGGAGGACUUCACUGAUUCAGCUUACACCAGCCACGAGCAGCGACAGGCCAUCCUCGCUCUGUGCCAGCUGGCCCGCCAGGACACCCAGCAGCUGGUUCACGCCUGGGUGGAGGCGCAGUCCGCCCACGCCAAAGAGCCCGCAGACGACAUGGAGGUGGCCAUCCUGAAGACCUGCCAGAGCAUCACUGACCUGAGACGCGAGCUGCAUAAGGUUGCGGUGAUCCGGGCCUCGGACCUGCUGAAGGUUCACGGGGAGCAGCUGCCUCUCAGGGCUCUCAAGGCUGCAGGCGCAGAAGGAAACCUGGAGGCAGUGGCCGAGUAUUCCCGCACGCUCACCGAGCAAAAGGAGCAGCUGGUUGAGACGUGCCGACUGUUGUGCCACGUGUCGUGUACGGAGCCGUUGGAGAUCACCUGCAUACACGCCGAGGAAACCUUCCACGUCAUCGGCCCACAGAUAAUUUCUGCUGCCCAGACGCUGGCCCUCCACCCGUCCAGUAAGAUUGCCAAAGAGAAUCUGGAGGUUUUCUGCGAGGCCUGGGAGUCUCAGCUCUGCGACAUGGCUCUGCUGCUGAGAGAGAUCAACGACGUCUUUGAAGGACGACGAGGUGACAAAAAACCCUAUUUGUCACUUCCAAGACCUGGGAAACAUUCAACUAGCCUGAAGACUGCAAAGGCUGUCAAGUUGGAUGCAGAGGAGCAGACGAGCAUGGCCAAGCUGGGUCUUGAGCUCCGCCUGCUGUCGUCAGAUGUCGACACGGAGGUGGAAAAAUGGGACGAGCAGGAACACGACGUCGUCCGGCAGAGCCAGAGCCUCGCCAGCAUGGCCUACAGCAUGUACCUGUUCACCAGAGGGGAGGGCCUGUUAAAGACGACGCUGGAUCUUUUUCAUCAGGCUGAGGUUCUCUCUGAAGAAGGGCUCCAGCUGUGCUCGUCUCUCCGUACUUUCUCCUCUCAGCUGGUUGAUGAGGAAAAGUCUGUGGUGGUGACAGAAAUGGAGAAGUUGGUGGCGUUGUGCCAGCAGCUGCAGAUGGGUGCCAAGACUCCUGUACAGGGCAAGACUGCCACCUUUCAGAAGGUGGACUCGUGCAUUCAGACAGGCAGAAACCUGUUGACGGUGGUCCUCUCCGUCCUCCCGCUCUGCAACAAGCUCAACAGAAAGGUCAAGUCAGAGAGGAGUAGUCUGACUUCUCCACAGGACUGGAAAGAAAGGCAGGACGCAUCCCCGCCUGUCAAAGAAGAGGGGGCUCUCAAUAGCAAGAACAGCAACGGCUUCGGUGUCAAAUCCUUGGAGCAGCACAUGGCCAGUAUCAACCUCCUGGAGAGCAAAUAAUCCAGGAAACAGACUCCGCGUUUGUCCUCUAUUCUUGUCAGAGCAGCACAAAGCCAUCCUCACCUCUGUGGAGCUAUAUACUGUAUUUAAUCCAGGAAACACUCCCCUCAUCCCCAAUGAACCCACCACAGAGUGGAGCAGUAGCUCUGGGGCUGAAGAUGGUUGUCUUUGGGUCAGCAUGAGUUUGUAUUUGCAGUUGGGCUGAUGUUUGCAAGAUUAAACCCCAAUCUGAGCUCUGUCUACCCAGUGGGAGUUUAACUCCGAGUUAGGUUGUCAUUUGAUGCAUCAGUUCCACCGUAGUCCACACGGUGGAGACAAUCAGCCAAUGCAAGCAAUGAGUUUUCCAGAGAAAAUGAGGUCUGGCUUAAACCUGAUCUGGGAGUCACUUUUAUCUCUUCUCUUGCAGAUGAAUUGAUUAAACGAUGAGAAAUCUGGAGAAAGCUCCACUUCAUGCUCAGCCAAACAUCUGUCUUCACUAUGUGCCUCUGUGUUUGUCAUGUGGCGUACCGUAAACGUGUUGCACAGGUAACAAAAACAAACCACCCUGCAUGAUGCCAUCACCACCAGAACCCUUGAGCCUUGUGCAGUAGAAGACUUGUAAUGUUAACUUUUAUGUAGUUAUAGACACACUGGUAGCAUCCUGUAACCAUCAUCUCACGUGACUGUAGUAUUUUAGAAGUCUACCUGACAUCAUUGUUGUCAAAUUGCUACUGCAUUUACUAUAAAACAUUCCCCAUGUGCCAUUUUAACAGGUUGUGCAAAAAAGAAAGUGUAUUUAAAGCCAAAUAUGAUUGUCUCAUGAAGACUCAGAUCUUCAUCUCCUUACUUGUAUGAAAUGGACUGUCAUCCAGUGUUCGACGCUGGAGGUGUUUUUAUUUAAGCCUGUUGUAAAAGCAGUUUUUGAUUGAUGAAAACGUCAUUAUGAUGUUCUUGGGAGGUCAGGGCCUUAUUUUAUGGCAUUUUAAGUAUUACUUAAUCAUAGUUUGUCACAAAGACAAUGAAAGCUAAUUCCAAACUGGCACCUGCAAUCUGAAAAUGUUCUCGUUAUGAAGACUUUUGUCAUGAAGCUGCUGAACUGGCCCAUCUGUAAUGAAUAUUUUUGAAUAUACAAUAUGGUACUUGAAGCAUAGUCAGUACAUGUAUCCCAAGAUAAAGACUUUGGUACGUGGCGGGGGGGUUGAGAAUGACUGAAAUGUAUAACGUACAGUAAACUUGUAUGUAUGUAUGCACUGUGUGAGAAUAGCUAAGAAUGCUGGGUAUUGUAGCGGCACCGCAGAUGUCAAGAAAUCCUAGAUCUAGUUUUGGACCACCUAUUCUUUUGACAACUGUUACGGUUAAUAAAAGUGAGGAAAAAAAAUAAACAAUA